AUGAGGCGCGGCCGAGGAUGUCGCCUGCCGGCGCGGGCGCUGGCGUGCCUCGCCGCGGCCCCGGCGGCGGGCAGGUUCUCGGAGUGCGAGGUCGAGGGGCUGAGCAUGGAGAUCACCCUGCACGGCGGCGGCGCGCGACAGGAGCCAGGCGGUGAGGUCUGCCGUGUCUCCUUCCUAACGUACGGGGACUUCCUCAACCCAGACCUGGACCUGGGCAGCGCGGACGUCGUGUUCACGGACUCGCUGGCACACGUGCGCUUCGCGGGCAGGCGGGGCCCGGUUCAUUUCCUGGAGAGCCUCCCCGAGUUCUGGCUUCCGGAUGACCCUGAUGCUGUGAUGGAGGGCAAGGACCAGUUGUUGUCGGUGUUGUUGCCGCAGAGGGAGUCUUGGACCGAGCUUGCCGAGGAGGUCCUCCAGCAGGCCCAGGCCCUGCUGCCAGAGCACAUAUACUUCGACGACGGCGACCUGGAAACCCACGCGGCGGCCAUGUCUCGAUAUCGCUUCUCGCUGAUCGUGGACGACGGGAAUCACACCGUCUCUCUGCCCUUCAUCCGCAGCCUCUCGUUCCACACCAUCGCCGUCUUUAACGGUUUCGUGGAUAUUGGGCAGAUGGUAUUCAACGGCAUCGCCGAUUUUCGAACCGACCCGUUUGAUUUGUCGGACACGCUCGCGACGGUGACUAGGCACAACGAGCAUCUCGGGGCGCUGUGGCACUACCAGCGGAUCCUCCAGGACCAGAUGCUCUACAGAUACAACCGGCCCUUCGAGGAGCGCCUGUCGAGCCAGGCCUGCACGCUCUGCCGCCUGCGCCUCGCGGGCCUUGCCCCCGACGGUGGGGGGCGCCCGCCCCUGGCGUUCGUGGGCGUCUACUCCGCGAGGGGCAACUUCGCGAAGCGGCGCGCGGUGAGGGAGACGUGGGGCAGAGUGCUCCAGCAGCACGGCAUGAGGUACACGUUCUUCUUGGGCGCGGCCUCGGCUGGCUCCUCCCUGGUCGAGAUGCGGGUGCGCCGUGAGCAGGAGCAGCACGGCGACCUCGUCUUCCUCGACGUGGUGGAGGGCUACCGCAUGAACUCCCAGAAGGGCCUCCUCUUCCUCGAGUGGAUUGCCCUGCGCUCCGAGGCCGAGUUCCUCCUCAAGGUGGACGACGACGUGUACUGGCGGCCCGCGCCCCUGCUGGAGCUGCUGCAGCUCAAGCCCCCCGCGCAGUACGCCUGGGGCUUCUUCGACUACAUCAGCCCCAUCCCGGACGACCCGGAUGACAAUUUCCACAACUCCAUGGAUGAUUUCCCCUUCGAGGUCUUCCCACCGUACCCCCGAGGCGUGGUUCGCGUGCUUUCCAUGGACGUCGUGCGCCUGAUCGCCAGGGCCAGCCAGGAAGGCCGCCUGCGCAUAAUCUUCGGUGACGACCCGUGCAUCGGGGUGCACCUGCGCCAGCUGCUGUACGACGAGCGCGACCCGUUGCCGUCGCUCACGCUGGACGACUUCGACAACAAGGUCUUCGCCAUGGAGCCCAGCUGCCACCCCAACCUGUGGUCCAGGAUGACGAACCGAACAUGGGUGGUGCACCAUGUCUCCCCGGAGCAGAUACACUGCAUGUGGGAGACGGACUUGCGCGCAGGAUACUACACCAUCUAA